CAGUAAACAUUCUCAACAACUCUAUUCACACCCCUCUAGAGUUGCACACCUUGUCUAACAAUUGGUAUCGGAGCGGGUAUCUCUAAUGUCUUUGAGACGUUUGAGAAAACGAUCAAAAUUUUUUUUUGAGAAUGUUGAACGCAGGGAUAGGAGAAGGGCAAUCCAAUGUAAGGCCGCCAUUUUUUGAUGGAACAAAUUACUCCUAUUGGAAGGAGCGGAUGAGGAUUUUUGUUCAAUCAAACGACUUCAAAAUUUGGCUUGCUAUAAAGAAUGGAGAUAGCGUGCCGAUGAAGAAGAUAGGCGAUACACUCAUCCCGAAGGACGAGGAUGAAUAUGAUGAAGCUGACUUUAAGAAGGCUCAAUUAAAUGCCACCGCCAUCAACUUCUUGUAUUGUGCUGUCAAUGCCAACGAUUAUCAAAAGAUAUCUCGUUGCCAAACCGCCAACCAAAUGUGGAACAAGCUCAUGAUCACAUACGAAGGUACGCCUCAAGUCCGUGAAUCAAAAAUUGAUUUACUAACCCAUGAAUAUGAGUUAUUUGCUAUGAAAGAGAACGAACUUGUGGAGGACAUGUUUGGAAGAUUUUCAAACAUCGUCAACGACCUUGAUAUGCUUGGAAAGACGCUCACCGACAAGGAGUUAGUGAGGAAAAUCCUGCGAAGUCUUACCAAGGAAUGGGAGUCAAAGGUUAACUCCAUCUACGAAGGCCGAGAUUACAACGUUAUCACAUACGACGGUCUCCGAGGUACGCCUCAAGUUCGUGAAUCAAAAAUUGAUUUACUAACCCAUGAAUAUGAGUUAUUUGCUAUGAAAGAGAACGAACUUGUGGAGGACAUGUUUGGAAGAUUUUCAAACAUCGUCAACGACCUUGAUAUGCUUGGAAAGACGCUCACCGACAAGGAGUUAGUGAGGAAAAUCCUGCGAAGUCUUACCAAGGAAUGGGAGUCAAAGGUUAACUCCAUCUACGAAGGCCGAGAUUACAACAUUAUCACAUACGACGGUCUCCGAGGUAACCUUAUCACUUACGAAACAAAUCAUCUUUCUCAUACUCUUGACGUUAAGAUGAGAACGGGAAUUGCUUUUAAAGCAUCUUCUUCUCAAAAAGUAGAGAUCGAUGAUUCGGAUUCGGAUAGUGAUAGUGAUUCUAGCACUUCUUGUGAUAUUUUGGUUGAAUGUUUUAACGAGUUUAUGAAACAUGAGCUUAAUAAGAGCAAGAGGAAAAACAACCCAAGGUGUCAUACGUGCGGAAAGCUUGGCCACCGAAAAUUUGAGUGCCUGAAGCUCAAGAAAAUGAGCAAACAAGAUGAAUUUGCGUAUUUUUCGUGGAGUUAUGAUCAACCUUCCAAAGACGAUUCCCUCAUCGGUGUUGAAAAACAAGAUGGGUGGUCGGGCACGUGACGCACUUGAAAGGCGUGCUUGAAGACUACAAAUUUUGCAGUGGAUGCUCCAAGCACUUAGCCAAAAAGAUUGCAUCAAAGGGGAGUGAUUACAUUUUUUUAAAUUAAAUGUUAUCUUUGAGAUUUAUUUGUGAUAAAUGUUAUUUGGGGAAUAUACAUAGGAUGUUUUG